AUGUCUAACCCUUCUACUAUUAUAAAAUCGUCUGAUGCUCCUGGCCCCAUUGAAGAAUCUAUAGUUGAGAAGUUGGUCAAUAAUCUCAACCCCAGUUAUUUAAAAAUUGCUAACGAUUCGCUGAAACACGCUCAUCAUGCUGGAAUCAGAGGUGCUACCAAUGUCACUGAAUCGCAUUUCCGUAUUGAAGUUAUAAGUAACGAAUUCGAAGGAAAGAAUAUGCCUACCAGACAUAGAUUGAUCUAUCUGUUAUUAGACGAUGAAUUGAAGAAUAAGGGUGUACAUGCUUUACAGAUGAAGACGAAGACGGAGACAGAGUCUAAGAAGUGA